AUGAAUGGUCAUUAUCGAAAUGGACCACGUUUUGAUCGUAUCGACCAAGAGGAAGUUCCUGAAAGCAAGCACACCGUAUUUAUUAGAGGCAUCCCUGGACAUAUUAAAACAGAUGAAGUAAAGGAUUUUUUUGAAGAUCAUGUUGGACCAUGUUCAUUCGAUUUUAUCAAGCUAUCGCAAGACCAGCAGAAAUUAUUUGUGGCGGUACGUUUUGAAACACGUGAUGCCGCAAAAGAAUGUAUGCACAAUCUUGCUUUAAAGAAAAAUUUAAGAUACAAAGAUGGUGACGUUCUUGGUUAUCCGGUUGAAAUGACAUGGUUUCGGGACAUACGCCGUUAUGUAUCUUAUCAACAAAGUCAGGGACUUAGACCUCCCAAAGUUCAUCGUAAUCGAAACUAUAACAAUAGAAAUCGGACUAGCUAUGAUCGUUCAUCUAGAAAUGAUUAUAGUUCAUCACGAUCUCCUGCACACAGUCAGCGUCGUUCUUCACAUGAGCGUUCAGGAAGUGUGGCUAGUCGCCGUAGAAGUCAUUCCAGUCAGAAAUCUCGCCUCUCCCGUGCAUCAUCAUAUUCUGCACCACCUCAUGAACAUUCUGUUUCACCACAUCCACCACCUUCAUCACCACAUAUUAAACGAGAGGCCAUUGAGAAAGGGGAGACACCACCUCUUCCACCAUCCUCUCCUCCACUAGCUGAAAAAGCUGAUAAUGACCCGAAGAAGGCUUUUUCAUCACAUCCUUUGCAGAAUGACUCACAGUCUCCUGUUGAGCGUAAAUCGCGUAAAUCGCGAAAAAGCAAAAAAAGACGUAAACGUCGGAGUCCAUCUUCGAGUUCGUCUGAUACAGCAAAUCAUAGUUCUGAUGAACUUAGCGAAAGUGAGCUUCGUAAGAAAAUUUUGAAGAAGCGAAAGGAAGCUCAGAAAAACAACGAAGAAAGCUUCAAACCGAUUGUGAAGCCAACAUUAGGAAAGUGGGAAGAACAAGAACCGGAAACAACGAUUUUACAAAAUACAACACUGAAGUUUGGCUUGGAAAGUUCGGAAGAUAUACCGAAAAGAGUAUUUCGUGAACCGCUUCAUGCUACUAAAAAUAUGACGCAACAAAAUAUUAACAAACCUGAUGGAAUGGAAUCACAUCAGUACUCUUCCAUCGUACCUACAGCAGAAAUGGAAAAUCCGCUUCUGUGCAAUAAGAAAGGAGCAAAGGAACCAGGAAAAGAAACAGAUUUAUUGAAAACUGAAGGAUUGUCAACAAGUACCUUAUUUGCUACAGAUAUUGACACUUUACUAGGAAAGCGUGUACUAUCUGUCCCAACAAAUGAUCUUAAAAAUGCACAGACUAAUGUAUUCAAUGCGGCAGUGGGACAGCAGUCACUGAAUUUAUUUUUUGAUGAUAAUGAUGAAACGCCACAGUCUGUUCAUGGAGUUCUACGAUUAAGUUCUCUAACGCGUCAGCUGAAUGCAGAGACAGAACGUGAACGAAAACUUGCUUGCUUACCACCAGAAUUACUCGCAAAAUACAAGACGAAGAAAAAACAACUUGAAGGGAUAUUUAAAGCGGAUUGUGAAACUUUUGGUGUUGUAACAAAAAUGCUGAUUGAAAAAGAUCCUGAACUAGAAGAGCGUCUUCGGUUAGCGCUUGCUGAAGCAAUAAAAGAUAUGGAAGAAGCAUUUACCCGGAAAAUGGACAGCUAUAUUGAUCAAUUAAUAAUUUCUGAUUUAGAGAGAAAUGAGUUGGAAAAGUUAUUCGAAGUUUACUGCACAAGCGUUAUGAAUCGUCUUGAAAGGCAAGAAAUCACUCUUUGGACUACCAUCGAUUUGUUCCGAUUGGGAAUUAAAUAUAAUCUUAAAGAUACAAUCUAUAAAACUUUCAAAAAGAUCACUGCUCGUUGGAUGUGUGUAACAUUAGAAAAUAUCAUGCAAAGCAAAGGAUUGUAUGGACUGCGUCGCGAUUUUAAUAUUAGAGAAAUGUGCAUGGAAUUGGAUGAUAUUGAAUGUUGUUUUGAUUAUGCGAGAUGGUUGGAAGAAUUCAUGUCACCUUUUUUUCGAGCAAAGGAUCCUGGCCAUCGGGACUUGUGGGGGCAUGAUUUCAAGCAACACAUAAUAUUGAUGAGAGAAGCAGUUCUAAAUGGAGAUUGGACAAAAUUAGGCUACUUUUUAGGUCUCAUACCAUCUUUACGUCAAAAUAUAGAUGUUGUGCCACGAGAACAUCGUAGCCAGGUUAUAUGCAUAACAGAUAAAAACCGCCGCAGGUUAUUUCCAUUUGCAAUAACAGUAUUUCGUACAGGAGUUGAACGCUUUAUGCAGUUCAAUAUCUCACGCGAAUUGAUAACGAAAUUAGCUACACAAUUUAUGCUUAUUUUAAUUGCUGGCGAACAAAUAUUUGCUACCGCACAAUAUGAUUCUGAAAACAAUUCAUUAAUUUAUAUAUCUGAGUUACUUAUGUAUGCUAUUGCAAACGGUCAGAAACAAGAAAUGAUAGAUUUGAAUAAUACAACUUCGUCUUUACCAUGCCUUGCUUAUAAAAAUAAGUGCACUACAGUUCUUCGUGUUUACAAUUUAUUAUCUCGUUAUGAAUAUUGGCGCCUAUUGCGUAUUGAAGCAUUGCAAAGGGGUCAUGUUCCAGUAGAAUCGUCUUCUUUAGCAGAUGAAUUCAUUACAUCUCUAAUGGAUGUGCCAUCAGGACAAGAAAGUGUUCUGAUUUUCGCAUCAGUGCAUUAUAUGACUUGUAUUGGAAAGCUUAACGAUUUGAUAGAUACUUUGAUACAGUGUUGUCGUAGAACACCAUAUGCCAUUGUCGAUUGCUAUCGGGCUUUGCAGUUAAAUGGGAUGGCUGACGAAGCUAAACAUUUGCUUGAAACGAUUUUGCCGCAAAACAACGUUGUACUUCAUCCGAUCUUGUUUACUUGGUUGCAACCACGACUUUCAAAUCUUAUGGAAUGUGAUAUGACAGAAGAAAUGCUUUUUUAUAUUUGCCAACUUCUCUUCAUGUUCUUAGAUUACGGAGAAAAUAGAGGAAAUGAUUGUGCAUGGGUUUGUUUAUGGACAUCUAUUCAACACGUCGAAAAAGUAAGUUUUUUAUCUUCACAGUGGGCUCCACGGAAAUUGUGGUGGCCAAAAUUUCAUUCUGUUAAAUUAUCUGAAGCGGGGACUAAAUCUCGAGAUUUGGUCUUUGAAAGGUUACGAUCUAUCAAAUGUAAUGAUUAG